CAUCCGUACAACUUCCCAAAAAGCAGCAACCCACUAAUACUGAAGGUCUCCAUACUUUACAACGAACCUUCUGCCAGUGACAUUCUCUGCUUCAAUAAUAAAACAGCCUGAAAAUAAAACAGUGAAAGGAAUUCAUGGCUCAAGGCGAACUCAAAAAGUCGAAGGCAGCGUCCUCUGCCAAAAGAUCCAAUGUCCUGGGGCCCAAAAAGGGCGCACGAGUAAUCGCACCCAAGAAAGCAAACCUGAUUAGGCAAAAGAAGAUCACAAAGAAAAUCUCUUCUGGUCUAACCGCUCGAACGGAACGGGCACUUGCUGAAAGAGCGGGGCACUUGGAGUUACUUGCUGGAGGGAAGAAAAGUAAAGAUGGAAAGGUGAAGAAAUGAGGGGAUCUGUGGAAAAAAAAUUAUAAAUGGUAGAGGUUAUUGCAUACGGGCGCUGAGCAGACAAAUGGGAGCACCCAGAUAACAUCCAGCCCAAGGCGGAUUUUAAGGAUACUCAAUGCGCUGCUGGGAGAAGGAUUUACGUACGACAAUUAGAUCGCCCUUGGUCCGUAUGACUAGUAUCGUCAUUGUCAUCGCCAGCCAAUACUGCCUUCGCCAUGUUCUCACCCCCAAUCGACCCAUUUGAAAGCUUCGUCAAAUUACCGCGACUGUGACAUUCCUUCAUACCGACUCUGAAUCACUAUUCAAGGACAGCUUAUAAGGAAAUAUCCAGUUUGCACGUUUCACUCCACCGAGCAAAAUACCCCGGAAGAUAGAUACGCCUCCAGAACCUCCAGAAAAGCCACUCAAGACAGAAUCUUGGAAAACAAGAAAGGACUCAAUUUAAAUCGAAUUUUGGAGCUACUGUAUGAAAGAACUACGACCGAAGAAAACGAGGAGGGAGAAGAAAGUUGGGUGGUGACGGACUGGGACAUACAUGAGUGGACGCCAUGUCGCUCAGCCUCGUCAACCUCGCCUAAGUACCUGCACGCCGAUUGGACCGGGCAUCGUCAAAUCGCUCAUGAUGCGUCGCAUAAAAGCGGAUCACCUUCGUUGCCAUGAUAGAUGGCGCAUGUACUCCAGCUUCUCAUGAUUGAUAUGUAGAAAUACGGAAUAAUAUUAACGAAAUCAGGUUUUCUUUUUUUUUUUUUUUUUUUCUUUUCUUUUCUGAUUUUU